AUGGCGAAACUUUUUGCCCGCUUUGCCGCUGCCACAAAUCUGAGCUGGCUCUAUUGGUCGCAAACCUCCGGAGCAGCCACCCACCCACAUCCUAGUCCAACGCCCAAUUCCCGAGUGGCCACCAACCAACCACCCACUCAAUCCAGAAAUCCCGAGUCCCGGUCAUCCAACAGGAUCAGUGGGCUGUGUCCGGCGAGAGCUUAUGUUGCAGCUUUAAUUAACGCCAGGUUUUUCGGACCAUCGUGCGAGUUUGGCCAACAGGUGUCAUCAGGGAGUCCUUCGAUGGCUGGCCAACUGCUGGCCAUAAUGCUCCUGCUGAUGGCGACGGGGAUACAGGCGCGUCGCCUUGGCCACCGUCGCCUCAUCAUCCACGUGCCGGUCAAGGUGAAGACGCACCAUCACACCCACACGGUCUACAAGGUGCUCCAUGGAUCGCAUGGUGGAGGAGGAGGAGGUGUGAAGCAAACAGUGUACAAAGUACUUGGCUUUUCCACACACGGAGGUGGCAUAGCCAAGGGGGGCGGAGGAGGAGGUGGUGGCCACCACCAUGGCAGCUACGACUUGGGGAGCAUGGGAAAUGGAGGCGAAAUCACGUACGAGGACAUGCACGGAUGCGAAAGUGGAAAGGUGAUUCCGGCGGCCAGGGACAUGAUUUUCAAUCACUACUCGCGACACGGAGAAAGUGACGGAGCUGGUGAGGAUUACGCCGAGGAGCUGGACGACUUCGUAGACCUAAGGGAUGGCUGGUUGUGA